AUGUCAGCAGUAGCAGCACCAGCACCAGCACCACCCCAAGCCCCCCACGAGCACCCGCACCACGCCCCCCACCCGCACCCCCAGCAGCAGCACCCCCAGCAGCAGCAGCGCCCCCAGCAGCAGCAGCAGCAGCAGCAGCAGCAGCAGCAGCAGCAGCAGACAGCAGCAGGCGACCAGACCACUCUGCUGCGGCGCCUGCCGUCAAACGCGCUUUAA